AUGACUGCUGACAGCACCAUCCCAUCACAGGCAGCCGCCGUUGCCUCACAGAACGGCCAUCCUCGAACCAAGAUUUGCGUCUACUGUGGUGCUGCUCCUGGCGCGAGUCCUGCUCACAUUGAAGCUGCUCGUGCUCUUGGAAGAGCCAUGGCUGAGAACAAUAUUGACCUAGGUGAGUCACAACGAGAGGCGGUCCGACAGCAACCGAUGCCAACGCGGGCCGCCAAUCGCCGACCUCCGGUUUAUGGAGGAGGAACUGUCGGACUUAUGGGCGAGGUGGCAAAGAGCCUCUGCGCAAUCAAUGGCCCUGAGUCUGUUCAUGGUAUCAUUCCCGAGGCUCUGGUCAAGUUUGAACGAGAUGGCACCUACGGAACUGUCAACGAACAUAACCACAUUGUGCCCGAGGAGUCUGUCUAUGGUCGCACGACAGUUGUCAAGGAUAUGCAUACUCGAAAGAAGCUUAUGGCCGAGGAGGUUUUUGCUGGUGGUCCCGGCAGUGGUUUCAUCGGCUUGAGUGGCGGAUUUGGUACCAUGGAGGAAAUCUUUGAGACAACUACCUGGAACCAAUUGGGAAUCCACAACCGCGGCAUUGUUCUGCUCAACAUCGAGGGCUAUUGGGACGGUAUUGUCCAGUGGAUGGACCGCGCCUCUGAGGAGGGUUUUGUAAAGCCUGCCAACAAGAACAUCCUGGUCAACGCCGAUACUCCUGAAGGCGCAAUCAAGGCUCUUCGCGAAUACAAGGUUUCAGAUGCCAUCUAUCAGCUUCAAUGGGGCAGCCAGUAA